AUGAAGAAGAGGAAGAAAACACAAAACGAAGGGUAGUAAAGAAGAAAUCAUCCCAGAGGAAGGCUAUCAGCGAUGAUGACAAUAGUGAUGAAGAUUGCCCUAUAGGAAACAGAAAAGCAAGACAUAGGUCUAAAGUAAGACGCAAAGCCAGUGAUGAUGAAGAUGAUGAUGAUAAAGAUGAUGAUGAUGCACAUGACACCAAAAAGACAGGUUAUAGAGGCAGAGGCAGGACCCCAGGCAAGAAGCAAAAUGAGGAACAAAAUAGUAAAAAGAACACGGAAAAAAAGGGUGAUCAGCGGACAGAUGGCAAAAAGAAGAGGAAUA